ACCAACAAAUUAGAACAAGCUUUUUUAGUUAAUUAUUUACAUUUUUGUGGUCUUUGAAAUCUCAGUCAGUCUCAGCCAUGGCAGCACAAGCAAGUAAUCAAUCUAACACAGUUGCCAUAAUAAGCCCUAAAUAUUGCAGCCCUUCUUCUGUUGAGUUGGGAAUUGUGAGAAAGUUCAUGAGUCUCUGUGAAGGCGAUUUUGAUGUUCUUGAUAUCAACGGUAACAUCAUUUUUACAGCCAAGGAAAAAGUCUUAGCUUUUCUCCAUGAAAAGAAGUUCAUUCUUGAUCCUGCCGGAAAACCCAUUCUUACUCUCCGUAAAAAGGCAAUGACGGCACACAGCCGAUGGCAGGUUUUUAGGGGAGAAAGCGAAGAGCUUAAAGAUCUAAUUUUCACUGUUAAAAAACAUUCGUUACUGGACCUCAAGCUUCAAGUAGAUGUGUUCUUAGCAAACAAUAGAGAUGAACAAAUUUGUGAUUUUAAGAUCAAAUGUAGCCUUUUUGAACAUUCUUGUGUCAUCUAUACUGGAGAAGACUCGAGCACAAUUAUUGCUGAGAUGCACAAGAAACCCUCAGCUAAGAGUAUAUUACUUGGGAAGACAAAUUUCAUGGUGACAGUGAAUCCUAACGUUGAUCAUGUAUUCGUUGUAGCUCUUAUUGUGGUUCUUGAUGAAAUUUUAUUUGUGAGGUACUAGAUGCUGCCACAUUUUGAUCAUCAUAUUUAAUUAUAAUGUCCAUCUUAAUUUAUGUACUCUCUGUUUUAAUUUUUGUAUUUAUAUGUUGCUAUUAUUAUGAUACAUAAUUAUAUAUUGCUGAAA